AGUCCACGGUACGAAUUGCUGGUUUGGCGCGUUUUUCGUUCGUCGUUUUCUUUUCAAUUUAUAAACGAAUAGUGUCGUUAAUACGUGGAUUAAGUGUUUCGAAAUUUAAUCUGUAGAUGCUUUCGUUCUGUACACGCGUUUUGCUUGCAAUCUAAAGUUAAUUAUACGCUACUAUCGGUAUUUGAACGCGCGGCGAUAUAGAACUUUUAACGCGCAUCAUGACGAUUAAAUUUGCGAAUAUGGCACCGCGUUACGAAAGAGUGGUAUUAUGUCGCGGGUUGUCGGAAAAGAAUGAUUCGCAAGAGGCGUACGUAAAAACAUUGAAAACUGCCGGUUACGCGUGCAACUAUUUACCCACUUUACGUUUCGAGUUUGUGAAUUCACCGGAUCUGCGAGCAUGUCUCCUUUCGCCGUACUCCUAUCAUGGACUCAUCCUGACAAGUCGACGUGCAGCGGAGGCGAUUGUUCUUGCAUCCGAAGAGGACGACAGCAUUCUACCGCCCUGGAGCAAAUUGCCAGUAUAUUGUGUAGGGCCAGCAACCGAAUCUUUUGCCAAAAGUCACUUAAGUUCUGAGCACUGCUUCGGUAAAGAGGCUGGUAAUGCCAAAGAGCUAGCCGAACAAAUAGUUGCUUCUGUCACGAAAGGGUCAAAGCCUCUGCUAUACCCUUGCAGCGAAAUUGGUAGAGAAACAAUAGAAAAAACUCUUAAUGAAAAUGACAUACAAGUUAGCAAAAUAGUCGUUUACAGAACUUUACCUAGUGAAACCUUAGAACAAGAUUUGUUGAAAUUUAUAGAUAAUUUGCCUAGAAUAUUUGUUUUCUUUAGUCCUUCUACCGUGGAACAUAUAGUAGCUUUAUUGAAAAAAAAAUCGUAUGAUAUGAGUAUGAUAAAAGCAGUUGCUAUAGGACCUGUGACUAGGCAAGCUUUAUUCGAUGCUGGCUUAGAUAGCUUUGCUACAGCGAGCAAGCCUGAUCCGGUGUCUUUAUUGGAAGCUAUUAGCAAUGCUGAGAAAUAUGAAGUUAAUGAGACUGUUGUGUGA